UCCCUCUUCCUUAUGAUGGUUUUGCUGGAAAUACAGCUCAUGCUAAUGGAGAAGCUGCAUUUGAAAUUCUCCCUUCUGUCAAUCCACAGAAUGAGACCAAGAAGUUCAAUAAGUCUACCAUGGAUAAAAAAAAGUAAUAAGAAAAGUAAUUCUGUCCAAAAUGAGAGUGGAUUGCUGAUGGUUUUAUACCCACAAAAGCUGGAAAGGAACAUGAGUGUCGAAAGUUGUUGCCAAAGUCUAUGGAAAAUACAAAGGAAGUUUCAUAUCAGAAAAGAGAUGGGACAAACAUUGAAAAGGGUGAAGAUGCUUCUGGUGCCACUAUUGCUGGGAGACAGGUAGGAGCUGAUAGGUCGCUGCUUUUGCAGAAUGACUAUGACCAAAGGUUUGAGGUUCAAGUAAAGGAGAAUGACAAGGAAGUUUGGCACUCAGUUUCAAGCUAUGAAUCCUCUUCUGUUGACACUCUUAAGCCAGAUGCUCCAUGGAUGAUAAAUUGACAAUCAAUGCUGUGAAAGGCGCACUGCAACACUCAUUCACGAAGAUCCAGUUUGUUCUGGUGUUUCAACUUCUAGUCCAGUUACGGAUGUUCCUAGAAUCAUGCCAUGGUUCAUUUGCCGCUCCAACUCCCACUGCAACAGACAUUCACCAAGAUCCUGUUUGUUCUGGUAUUUCAACUUCUACUCCAGUGCAGAUGCUUCCCCAGAAUCAUGCCAGUGUUCAUUUGCUGCUUCAACUCUCAUACACCCUCCACAAAGUUCAGAAUCAAAUAACAACUCCAAGGAAUUUAAGCUUAAUCCAGGGGCAAAAGUUUUCUCUCCAUCUUUUGCAACUGCCUAUCAGCGGCUUCUCCUAUGGUACCAACAGUAGCAAAUGUGUGUUACAUGCCAGGCAACUCUCCUUUGAUGGCUGUUGCUGGUUCUCAGCCAGAGGUUGGGAUGGGCACAUUUGCACUUCAUUAUCUGCUCCGUCUAAGUUUGUCUCCUAUGGUAAUAUAACACCUGAAACUGGUGUCAGUGUUGCUCAAUUUUCUCAACAUAUUGUUGGGCAUAUGGGGGGUAGAACUCAGCCUGAGAUACGCUGGUCAAUAUCAUCCUGUUCAGGCUACACCAGCAUACUUGAAUUCAAAUUCGCAAUUAGUCAUGUAUGGACGACUGGGACAGCUCAUUGUGUGCCUGUUUCUCAUGAUCUGGUUCAGGGUGCAACAACUCUCUCUCCAUUACAAGCCCGUCCUCUGACUGCGCACCAGUCCAAUUACCAAAACCAAGGAAGUGCAGCAGGCCAAGCAUUUCAGCUUUGUGUACAUCAACUUCCAUAGCCGGCGGACAGCAACCAUUGGCGGUGCCAAGCCACAUCCCAUUUCUGCAGCCUCAUUUCCCUAUAAUCAUCCGAUACAAGUUCCGGGAUCGAAUGGUAUCUUUGAUGCAAAGAUUCCAUAAAAGUUUGUUACUUCAUUAGUAUUACCCUUUUAUUUCUGUUUGUUUUAAGAUAAUGAUAGCUUUAGCCUCUUUUCAUUUUCAUUUUCGGAGAGCAUUCAGCAUGGAGUCAGCUUCAUUUGUUGUUUCAUCUUCAUACAAGGGUUUGCCAUUUUUCCUUUCUUUUAUGGCUUAUUUAGGAUGUAAACCUGCAAGAUACACAAGGUGCUGGGGAACC